UAUCGAGGGCAUAAAAAUAAAAUUACCUAACAACAUUUGACAACACACCUCCGGCACGCGAAUCAAGAAUCAGGAAACUGGAGAAAAACUCAACCGGAUUUAGCUGAAAAUGCAUACGGAUUUGUCCGCCCAUCUUCACACGCCCGCCUGCAACAAGUUGAUCGAGGAACUCCAGGCCUGCCACGACAACAACGCCUUUGCCAGAUUCGUGGGCGUUUGCAACUCCAUUGACGACAAGGUGGUAAAGUGUCUAAAAGGCGAAAGAAUUGCCCGAUCGGCCGCAAAUCGAGCUAAGGCCCGCGAACGUCAAUCGAAAUACAAGGAAAAGUUGCUUCAGGAGGAGAGUAAUUAG